AUCUUUAUCAUAGCAUUCUCAUAUUACGUAUUUCGAUUUUUUUGGGCAAUUCAACAAGCAAUAGAAAUUAAAGUGGACGAAUAUUCGCAAGAAAUGCAUAGAUCAAUAUCUGAAUGUUCAAAAAGUUACCUUGACAAUCGAUGUACUCCGGGAGAUCGGGUCCCAGCGUUAGAGAAGGUUUGUUCUCAAUGGGAG